AUGGCCCGGCCUACGCCCAAUGGCCUCACCCAGGCCUUCCAGGCUCUGCGGCUACACUCAUCAACAACAUCCCGCCCGGUAACCCGCUGCCUGGCCCGACAGACCCGGACUUAUGCGACCGAAGUAGAAGGCCAGCAACCAUCGGCCCUCGCGACACAAGAGCAAGCCCCAGCAGCCCCCGAAAUCGACUUUACAAACUUCUCCCGUCGUCCAGCCCGUAUUGUCCCCGCCUCUCCCUCCUAUUUCUCCGGCAGCCCUCGCUUCAUCGACCACGUCCUGAAGCUGGAGUCCCUGCAAGCCAAGUACGCCUCGCUCCCGACCGUCGCUGCCGGCGACGCACCGCGCAUGGCCUGGUUCAAGCUGGCCCAGUUCCGUGACUACGUGGGCGAACCGGUGCCGAUGAAGAAAUACAAGAGUCUGGUCAAGAUCCUGCAGCGAUUGAACCGUAUUCAGCCCGAGAUGGUCCCCGGCGACGUCAAGCGCACGCUCGAGUCCUUCCUGCGUCCGGGAAACCCAUACGCCGUGCAGCAUGUGCAACGGACGGUGGACGAGAAUGGCCGCGCACGCGCCAAGGGCAAGCGUAAGGAGUCGACUGCCGUUGUGCAGUUGGUCGAGGGCGAGGGCGAGGUCAUCGUCAACGGCAAGUCGCUGGUCGAGGCCUUCCAGCGGGUGCAUGAUCGGGAGAGUGCAUUGUGGGCGCUGCGCUGCACACAGCGGUUGGAUAAGUAUAAUGCGUGGAUUACGGUUCGAGGCGGCGGUGUGACUGGCCAGGCCGAGGCUAUUACGCUGGCUAUUGGACGAGCUUUGUUGAUGCACGAGCCUGCCUUGAAGCCUGUUCUGCGAAAGGCUGGUGUUAUUACCGUCGAUGCCCGUCGCGUGGAGAGGAAGAAGCCUGGUCACGUCAAGGCCCGCAAGAUGCCUACCUGGGUUAAGCGUUAA